GCGGAGUUCACCUAAAGGUACAGGAACUGACAGGCGGAUGCUAAGUAAGUGGCUUAAUUCAGAGAAGCCGCUACGGGUUUCCCCUCUCGUUCUCGCGUAACUUAAGACUGUGAAUGCCGACUUAGUGGCGCGGUUAGCGUUUAUAUAGCUGGUAUAUGUCAGCUAAACCGAAAGUCCUCCUUGAAUGAUUUGAGACUUGCACAGCGCGAGCGCUGACUAGCUAGCUAAGAAAAGGGUGGGGACACAAACUUCCAACUAGACCUCGCCCACAGUCGUUGCUCCAUUUUGGCAGGCAGCUAGUGUCUUUGCGGCGUGAGAAGUCCGCACCACUUUAUUAGGUAAUUACUAGACUGGCACACGUGUGUCAAUUACGUCGUAGAAAUCGAUCACCAUGUUUAGAAAAACCCUAAAAAAGGACCCCGAGCUGUUUCAAAACGUCUCCGAAGGGCUGCGGCGGCUGUACCGGACCAAACUGUUCCCGCUGGAGGACACGUAUCGAUUCCACGACUUCCACUCUCCCGCACUGGAAGAUGCCGACUUUGAUAACAAACCCAUGGUACUUCUGGUGGGUCAGUACUCCACGGGAAAAACCACUUUUAUCCGACACCUUAUGGAGCAGGACUUCCCAGGUAUGCGGAUUGGCCCGGAGCCGACCACAGACUCUUUCAUCGCGGUGAUGCACGGUGACCAGGAGGGGGUUAUCCCAGGUAACGCCCUGGUGGUCGACCCCAAGAAGCCCUUUCGCAAACUCAACGCUUUUGGCAACGCCUUCCUCAACAGGUUCAUGUGUGCUCAGAUGCCUAACGCUGUCCUGGAAAGCAUCAGUAUCAUUGAUACUCCUGGAAUCCUGUCCGGGGAAAAGCAGAGGAUAAGUAGAGGUUAUGACUUUGCUGCUGUGCUGGAGUGGUUUGCCGAGCGUGUGGACCGCAUCAUCCUCCUCUUUGAUGCCCACAAGCUGGACAUCUCAGAUGAGUUCUCAGAGGUGAUCCGAGCCCUGAAGAAUCACGAGGAUAAGAUGAGAGUGGUGCUGAACAAGGCUGAUCAGAUCAGCACUCAGCAGCUGAUGAGGGUCUACGGAGCGCUCAUGUGGUCUUUGGGGAAAAUCAUCAACACACCUGAGGUUGUGCGAGUUUACAUCGGGUCAUUCUGGGCCCAGCCCCUUUUGGUCCCUGAUAACAGGAAGUUGUUCGAGGCCGAAGAGCAGGAUCUCUUUGUGGACAUUCAGUCUUUGCCACGAAAUGCAGCUCUGCGCAAACUCAAUGACCUCAUCAAACGAGCACGCCUUGCCAAGGUGCAUGCGUACAUCAUCACCGCUCUGAAGAAGGAGAUGCCCGCUGUGUUCGGGAAAGAAUCCAAGAAGAAAGAGCUUAUAACCAACCUCGGGGAGAUCUACCACAGGGUUGAAAAAGAGCAUAACAUCUCCCCAGGAGACUUUCCUAAACUUGAAAAAAUGCAGGAGCUGCUGAACGGUCAUGACUUCACCAAGUUUGCAAACCUGAAGCCUAAGCUGCUGGAGGCGGUGGAAGACAUGCUCGCCAACGACAUUGCCCGGCUCAUGGCAUUGGUACGCCAGGAGGAGGCCAACAUGCCCAGCCAGUCGGUCAAAGGCGGAGCCUUCGAGGGGACCAUGAGCGGACCGUUUGGCCACGGCUACGGUGAAGGUGCCAGCGAAGGCAUCGACGAGCUGGAGUGGGUGGUGGGCCGCGACAAGCCGACAUACGACGAGAUCUUCUACACCCUGUCUCCCAUCAACGGGAAAGUGACCGGCGCUGCAGCCAAGAAGGAAAUGGUGAAGUCUAAGCUGCCCAACUCAGUCCUGGGAAAGAUCUGGAAGCUGGCAGACGUGGAUAAAGACGGUCUGCUCGACGACGAGGAGUUUGCCCUGGCCAACCACCUGAUCAAAGUGAAGCUGGAGGGCCACGAGCUGCCGGCCUCCCUGCCUGAUCACCUGGUGCCCCCAUCCAAACGUGGGACAGUUCAGCAGGAUUGAAGGUCCAGAAAGGAGGAGGAGGAGCAGUAGCCUAGAGGGAUGUCAGCGCUAGUGUUCAGGACUCAAAAACAAGUCCAAACACAAACGGCUUUGUGCUCCAAUCAAGCCGAGUCCCCAGACCUCCUCACACACCAGGAGGAGGCGGUGACUGGGAUGUUUUUCACCAGACAGAGACUGGAGGGAGAGCGGUGCUGUGCUUAUGCAUAUAGUAUACAAUUUCAGGUAUCUAUGUGAGCUAAAAGGGGAGGAAGUCUUUGUUCUGCAGAAAGGACAGUUAAAUAAAGAAGGCACGAUGAGGUGGCUUUAUGCAUUAAACAUGUCUUACAAGGAUGCAGUUUAUAUUCUAAAAUGUUGAUCCAAAGAAUUAUAUAUGCAUUUGGGAGAGAGAGAGGAAAUGUAAAAAAAUAAUUUUCUUUAUUUUUUUUAUAUUUCCUUACUCUUUCCAAAUGCCUCCAUGUUGUUAUUUUUCCAGAUUAUAAAAGGAAUACUGUACUGUUUUACCUGUGGUUUGUGGAUUUGUAAUAAAUGUUUUGGGGGGACAUAACUGUGAUUUGAGUGAAAGAAUGCCUUCCUGUUUGGUGAAAACCAGCAAAGAAAUUGUUGAAUAAAUCUGAACUGAUGCAUCA